AUGUUCGUACAGGGCCUCCGGGCUGGUGAAAGAUCCGAUGGUUCUGAUGAAGCCAGCGAGGACGAUGAUGAGCUCAGUGAUGAUGCCGUUCAGAAACGCCGCGAAGAAUGCGAGAGAAAAGCCCGUCGAGGGGAGAUGGAUCCCCGAUUGGAGUUCGCCUUUCAGCUCUUGAUGGAUGGCACAGGUUUGCCACGUCACGAGGUAAUGGACCAUGUAUUCGAAGGGGAUAUGCUGGACGAGAUAAAUCAGCUGUUUCUCCCACACAUGAGAUCAACCCUUGUAUGGUACUACCAGGUGACUGACGAGCCUGAACAGCAGCGGCCGAAUGACACGGGGCAGACAAUAAAGGGCAGUACAAGAGCAACUCCCGGUAAUCCAGCGCCGAAUAAAUCCAAGGAAGUGAAGGAGGCGAAGGAACCUAUCAAGAAGAAGCUUUUUUUGACUGAUGGGUGGCAGGUUCCAUGUACGGGAGUUUGCAUCUACAUGUUUCGAAUAAACACAUCCAAACAACUACCGGAAGAGGGCUUUCAAAAGGAUUUAUUCACUGGUGUCAUCAACAUACACAAGGUAGGCAUUAUAACAACCAUUCAGCGAGUGGUGGAGCACGUGUUCAUGGAUGCCCUAGCCCACCCGGGGGGUGAAGAGGAGGAAGACUGCCCGAUGAUAAAGAGUCUCCUACUACCAGGACUUAGAUCAUUCUGUAGUGCACUGAAGGUAUGUGAGCUUGUGCUUGAGGAGGGAAAUAUAUUCGACGACGGCGAGGCAAUGAUGGAGGAGGUCCACAAUUUCGAGACAGCUAAAGCCCUCGUCUCUAACAAAGGAGUCGAAAGGGUCGAGGAACGCGUGAGAAUAUGGAUUAAAAAGUUGAAAGAUUUCAUUCUAGAAAGCAAACAGGUGAGACGAGAGAACGAUAACUCAGGCCCACAACAGGAAUUGGAAUAUUGGAAACGCAGAGGAGCACAAUUUAGUCAAUUAGUCAAUAAACUUCAGGACACUGAAGUCAAAAUGUCUCUUCUGUGCCUCCAAGUUUCAAGGUCUAAGUUAAUCAAAGAGUGGGUCGAUGCUGAGGAUGAAGUGACGUAUUGUUACAAUGAAGCUAAGGACAACGCCAAGUUCAUUCAGGCCCUCGAGAAAUGCUGUCAUUGUUUGUAUCUUGACGAUCCAGUUAAGAUGAGAGACUCGUUGGUAUCCCUCCUGCAAACUGUUAGGCUCAUCUACAGCGUCUCGAGGUACUACAAUACUUCGGAAAGAACGUCAUCGUUGAUGGUGAAGAUCACGAAUCAGAUGAUCGUGGCAUGCAGGGACUACGUCACUACUAGAGGAAGGGAGACAAUUUGGGAAUUGGAGAGGGUGACAGCUAGAUCGAGGCUGAAACACUGCUUGAGGCUGAAUAAGGCGUACAGAGAGACUUACAGACUUGUUCGCUGUUCACCAGCGAUCACCGAACAGGAGUUUUCGUUCUCAGAGACGCAGGUGUUCGGUCGAUUCGACUCGUUCUGUUCACGAAUCCGAAAGAUAUUGACGAUGUUCGAUCUAAUUGACGAUUAUCAGAAGCUAUUUGAGAGAAGGAUGGAGGGUCUACUGCUAGGGGAAGCCUUGGAAGAGGCAACGCAUGCCUUUGAGGAAGCAAAGAAGAUCGCUACAGGCAAAUCUUAUGAUUACCUAGACCCAAGGAACACCGACUUCGACAGAGAUUACGACGUCUUCAUGGCUAAAACCGAUGCUUUGAAAGCCCACGUGGGCGAUAUUAUCGAGAAAAACUACACCGAUGUCUGGGAGACACCCCAGGGCAUUCGAUUUCUCACGAGGUUCGAGAAAGUCAGUAAGAAGAUUCCUCUCACAAAGUUGGAUGAGAAAUACUCCCUCGUUGUGAGGUACUGUGACAAGGAAGUUGAGAGGACUUUGAAGCUGUUCAAAAAGCAACGGGACGAUCCACCACUCUCCCGACACUUGCCACCAAUCGCCGGACGUCUCACUUGGGCGAAUUCCUUGAAAGUUCACUUGGACGAAUUGGCGAAUUCCGUGUCUAGUCAUCCUGUUUUGAGGACACUUCCCCUCACCGCGGACCUUGUGAGACGAUACAAUCAUGCUGUUACCAUACUUCUUCAAUAUCAAACGGAUAUUGCUGAAGUAUGGACUCAUCAGAAUUCCUGGGUGAUUGAAGACUGUCUCAAGAAGACUUUGCUUGCUAUCGACAAGGAGAUGAACAAGAUCAAGGUCAACCUCGAGGGGAGAAUUAUUCUGCUGCUCCGUGAGGCUGAUUGUUUGGCCAAGCUGAAGCUAGAGAUACCGAUAGUUGCGAAAACAAUUUUGGUCAAACGUGACCACUUCACUUUGAAACAUGAUUCCCUGCAAUUGGUCAUCGAGGAAUUCGUCUCCACUGCGCGAAGGGUCAAACUGGAGGUGAGACCCUUGCUGCUACCUCAUCUGGUGCGUGUUGCAUCGCUCUUGAUGCCUGGGUUGAAGACAUUAACAUGGACAAAGCCAGGAUGGCAGGACUUCUGCCAGCAAUGUAAACAAGAGAUCGGAAUAUUCGAUGUGUUGAUAACCAGAGUUCAUGAUGUGUACGCAAAUAGGAUUCUUCAGGUGCUUGUGAGCAUGCAGAAGAUCACCCUGCACGCAUUACCGGAGGACGAGCCCUGGUGUAUCGAAGAGUUUCUGGAGAAGACUGAAGAAGCCUGUAGAAUAGCAGCGAUUGAUCUUCAUCGGAGAAGCCAAAUGGUGGAAGAAGCUGUUGAGGAAGUCCUCCAAUUAGUGAAAAAUGCAGCAGAUAGCUUUAAAAAUACCGGUGAACCGGACAACUUCGAGUUAGCUAAUGGUGAUGGAGCACCCAGUCAAGACGGUAAUGAAGAUGGAUCUCAACAGCAGCAGGAUUGGACUGUUGUGUGGGCAUGUUUUGAUGAUCCACACCAGUUACUCACUGCUACUGGGGGUGGUCUUUCUAAGAAUAUGCAGGAAAUGGUGAAGAACGCUGUCUCCGAAAUGAGGAGAUAUUACUCGAGAAAAGUUGUUGAUGUGUUGAUUAAAGUAACAAGAAGCUCGUUGGAUGCUAUAAGACGUAGAUUCGUACAUGAGAUUAAUCCAGAGACGGCACCACGUCCUGUAUUCCUUCUGCAUGCAACCCUGAUGAUUCCGUCGGUGGUGGUGAAGCCGAGUCUCGAGGAGGUGCAGGAGACUCUCACUGUCGCUGGUAAAGCUAUUGCUGGGGUUUCCAAGGGUGUUGCACAGUGGAGUGCUGGGGGUCAUAAGAGUUCGUGGCGCGGGGCACCUUGGGCACCCAAGAAAAAUCUUAUGGACGUGGUGAUGAGAGCUCAGGUGCAUGCGGAAAGAAGACGCGACGAGGAGCCCGAGGAUCCAAAAAUCCGAAGGAGACGAUUAUUCAAAAUUGUCUCUGAAGAACGUCCGAGCUUUCCCAUUCAACAACGUAAUUUCCACAGUCUUGUCAUGGAGAAUAAGGAAGUCAUCAAAGUGUUAUCAAUGUUGAGCUCGUGUACACAAGAGUUGCGACAGGAUUUGACGGAAUUCUUGGAUCAGUGGACACCGUACAAGUAUCUGUGGAAGAAUGAACGAAGUAUGCGGGAACUUCUCAAUGUAUCGUUAUCGGAGUUUGAAAUUACUUUGAGGAAACACAGCGAACUUGAAGAUAAGUUGGCUACUGAAUUGGAUAUGACGUAUUUGGGGUCGGCAAUUGCAUUGCACACGGAGAAACUUAAGUUUGGUUUAUCUACGGAAAUUAAAAAUUCCACCCACAAGAUAGGGCAAGUGAUGAAGAAGAAAUAUCGCAGGGAGAUGGAGUACGUGUAUGCAGUUAUGAAUGAAAUGGAUAGAAAAUUGGAACGACAAAUUCGUGAUUUGGAUGACGUCAGACUGAUAAUGGAAACCCUGAAGAAAAUCCGGGAGCAGGAAGUCGAUAUGGAGCUGAGGAUCGAUCCCAUUGAAGAGGCAUUCAACAUUGUGACCCGUUACGAGGUGCCUGUUGAUCAGGAGUGUCUGGAGAUGGUGGAGACACUGCGAGAAUCCUGGGGACAGAUAUUGGCUCGGGCGCAUCAGAGCCACGUACUGCUGCUGCAACUCCAGCCGCAGUUUGAAGAAGAAUUGCGGAACAAUUUGGAGAAGUUUAGGAUCGAUAAUGAAGCUUACUGCGAGGAGUAUAGAACUAGCGGACCGAUGCAGACGGGAUUGACUCCCCGUGAAGCUUCAGAUCGUCAGAUUCUGUUUCAGAACAGGUUUGACGGGAUGUGGAGGAAACUUCAAGCUUACCAGAGCGGGGAAGAGCUCUUUGGUUUACCCAUUACUGAUUACCCAGAACUUUCGCAGAUUCGGAAGGAGUUGAAUCUACUCCAGAAAUUAUACAAGUUGUAUAAUGAUGUUAUUGAUAGAGUCAGCAGUUACUAUGAUAUACCUUGGGGGGAGGUAAACAUCGAAGAGAUCAACAAUGAGCUCAUGGAGUUCCAAAACCGCUGUCGAAAAUUGCCGAAAGGUUUGAAAGAGUGGCCAGCCUUUUUCGCCCUGAAGAAGACCAUAGACGACUUCAACGACAUGUGUCCACUCCUCGAGCUGAUGGCCAAUAAAGCGAUGAAGCCUCGUCACUGGCAGCGAAUCGUCGAGGUGACGGGUCACACCUUCGACCUCGAGAGCGAAGGCUUUUGUCUGAAGAACAUCCUAGAAGCGCCUUUACUGAAGUACAAAGAGGACAUCGAGGACAUCUGCAUCUCUGCGAUGAAGGAGAAAGAUAUAGAGGCGAAGCUGCGCCAAGUCGUCAACGAGUGGUCUUCACACGAGUUGACCUUCAUGACGUUUAACAACCGAGGGGAAUUGCUGUUGCGAGGUGAUACAACAGCGGAGACAAUCGGCCAGCUGGAGGACAGCCUCAUGGUUCUAGGAUCGUUAAUGUCCAAUCGCUACAACGCACCGUUCAAGAAGCAAAUCCAGCAGUGGCUGUCCGAUCUCUCUAAUACGAACGAGAUCCUGGAGCGUUGGCUGCUGGUGCAGAACAUGUGGGUCUACCUCGAGGCUGUCUUCGUCGGCGGCGACAUCGCCAAGCAGUUGCCCAAGGAGGCUAAGAGGUUCAGCAAAAUCGACAAGAGUUGGCAGAAGAUAAUGCAACGGGCACACGAGACACCAGGCGUCGUCCCCUGCUGCGUCGGUGAUGACCUCCUGAAGCAACUUCUUCCUCAUCUUCAGGAGCAAUUGGAACUCUGCCAGAAGUCCUUGAGCGGAUACUUGGAGAAGAAACGAAUGAUGUUCCCACGAUUCUUCUUCGUGUCAGAUCCAGCCCUGUUGGAAAUCCUUGGACAAGCCUCGGACUCCCACACUAUCCAAAAUCACCUGCUGUCGAUAUUCGAUAACACGAGGUUCGUCAAGUUCCACGACAUCGAGUACAACAAGAUGACAGCUAUAGUCUCAUCCGAAGGUGAAAUCAUAGUUCUAGAGAGGGCUGUGAGAGCUGAAGGAUCCGUGGAAACGUGGUUGAUGCAACUCCUGCAAACAUCGCAGCAAUCUCUGCACUCGAUAAUUCGUCAAGCAAACCUCAUGAUGAACGAUCAGAACUUCAAUCUCCUCUCGUUUCUUGAGAAGAUGGCUGCGCAGGUGGGUCUUCUUGGGAUCCAAAUGAUAUGGACGAGAGACGCGGAAGUCGCAUUGAUGCAGGCACGUGCCGACAAGAAGAUCAUGGGAGAAACCAACAAUCGCUUCCUCGAAUUACUGAACACCUUGAUCGACCAAACAACCAGAGACUUGACCAAGAUCGACAGAACGAAAUUCGAGACACUCAUCACGAUUCAUGUGCAUCAACGAGAUAUUUUCGAUACCAUGUGUCGACUGAACGUGCGAACAGUGACCGAUUUCGAGUGGUUGAAGCAGUGUCGCUUCUACUUCAAAGAAGACCUGGACAAAACUAACAUCCACAUCACAGACGUUCAAUUCAUUUAUCAGAACGAGUACUUGGGCUGCACAGAACGCUUGGUGAUCACACCUUUGACAGACAGAUGUUAUAUCACACUAGCUCAGGCCCUCUCGAUGUCAAUGGGAGGUUCCCCCUGCGGCCCCGCUGGGACCGGAAAGACGGAGACCGUCAAGGACAUGGGUAAAACCCUUGCCAAGUACGUCGUAGUCUUCAACUGCUCAGAUCAGAUGGAUUAUCGGGGAUUGGGAAGAAUAUACAAAGGUCUGGCUCAAAGCGGAAGUUGGGGGUGCUUCGAUGAGUUCAACAGAAUCGAAUUACCAGUCCUCUCAGUAGCCGCCCAACAAGUGGCCGUCGUCCUAGCAGCGAAGAAAGAGAAGAAGAAGCAGUUCAUCUUCACGGAUGGUGACCAAAUAGAGAUGUGCCCCGAGCUCGGAAUCUUCAUCACCAUGAAUCCUGGUUACGCCGGCAGAAAAGAACUCCCGGAAAAUCUGAAAAUACAGUUCCGAACAGUUGCCAUGAUGGUGCCAGAUCGACAGAUUAUCAUUCGAGUGAAACUCGCCAGUUGUGGGUUUUUGGAGAACAUAACGCUAGCCAGGAAGUUUUACACUCUGUAUAAACUGUGUGAGGAGCAGCUGACUAAGCAAGUUCAUUACGAUUUUGGGUUGAGGAAUAUAUUGUCGGUUUUGAGAACUCUGGGGGCGGCAAAGAGGGUCAACAGCAAGGAUACUGAGAGCACCAUUGUGAUGAGGGUCUUACGAGACAUGAAUUUAUCGAAAUUGAUAGAUGAAGACGAGCCCUUAUUCAUCUCCCUAGUCGCUGAUCUCUUCCCUAAUCAAGCGUUAGAGAAGACGUCUUAUCCUGAACUGGAGACGGCAAUCGAUAGUCAGGUGCAGGAAGACGGUCUCGUGUACCAUCCGCCCUGGGUCUUGAAGUUGAUCCAACUGUACGAGACCCAACGCGUCCGGCAUGGAAUAAUGACACUAGGGCCUGAAGGUGCUGGCAAAACCACUUGCAUCCACACAUUGAUGAAGGCCCUCACGCAAAUGGGAGCUUAUCACCGGGAAAUGCGAAUGAAUCCUAAGAGUAUAACAGCAGCCCAGAUGUUUGGACGACUAGAUGUAGCCACGAAUGACUGGACGGAUGGAAUAUUUUCAGCUCUCUGGAGAAAAACCCUGAAGUUGAAGAAGGAUGAGCAUGUCUGGCUGGUUCUUGAUGGCCCAGUAGACAGUAUCUGGAUCGAGAACUUGAAUUCAGUUCUGGAUGACAAUAAAACCCUGACUCUGGCCAACGGUGAUCGUCUGUCGAUGGCUCCAACCUGCAAGAUUAUAUUCGAACCUCACAAUAUCGAUAAUGCAAGCCCUGCCACAGUCUCCAGGAAUGGCAUGGUCUACAUGAGCUCUUCUGGUUUGGAUUGGAGACCAGUCGUCACCGCGUGGCUUAAAAACCGAACUCCGCUCGAGCAGAAUGUCCUCGACAAAGCCUUCGACGAGUCGUUCCUUCAGAUCUACACAUGGUGUACGCAGACCCUGGUGCUAACUAUAAAAGUACUGCAGACUAAUAUCGUCAGGCAGAUGCUGUGCUUGCUGGAAGGAAUGGUCCCACCGGAAGUCCCUCCCGAAGAGGUCGACGAUGACGAUGACGAACGGGACAAGCCUCAGCCGAUGACAGCAGAACGCCUAAAACGUCUCUACAUAUUCGCGUUAAUCUGGGGAAUCGGUGCAUUACUUGAAACUUCAGAUAGAUUGAAGUUCGAUGAAUACCUGAAUACUAACUUCGGAAAUCUAGACCUCCCGAAGUCCGAGAAAUACCCGGAAGCCAGACUUUUCGAUUUCUACGUGAACGACAAGGGCAAAUGGGACACCUGGACCACACUAGUCACCAAUUACACAUAUCCCGAUUACGCAACCCCAGAUUACAGCAGCAUCCUCGUGCCAAUCGUUGAUAACGUGAGGAUUCAGUAUCUGAUUGAUAUGAUCGGUAAGAAGGACAGAGCGGUGUUGUUGAUCGGUGAGCAGGGUUCAGCGAAGACAGUCAUGAUGAAGUCCUACAUGAAGGGGACUAAUCCUGACACAACGCUGGGGCGAUCCUUCAACUUCAGUUCGGCUACGACACCCUAUCAAUUCCAAAAGACCAUUGAGAGCUACGUAGAGAAGAGGAUGGGCAAUACGUUUGGUCCACCUGGUGGGAAGAAGAUGCUGAUCUUCGUGGACGACAUCAAUCUGCCCGAGAUCAAUGAAUGGGGCGAUCAAAUCACCAACGAGAUCGUCCGUCAGACCAUGGACAUGAAGGGCUUCUACUCCUUGGAGAAGCCAGGGGAUUUCACGACGAUCGUUGACGUGACGUUUCUGGGAGCUAUGGGUCAGCCAGGAGGUGGAAGAAACGACAUCCCCUCUAGGUUGAAGAGACAAUUCUGCAUAUUCAAUUGCACUCUCCCCAACGACGCAUCUAUCGAUAAAAUUUUUAGCGUCCUCGGUGAGGGGCAUUACAACGCCAAGAGGGGGUUCUCAACGGAAGUGAGGAUGCUGAUCAAGAAGAUGGUGCCUUUGACGAGACUACUGUGGCAGAGGACGAGAGUAAAAUUGCUGCCAACACCAGCUAAAUUUCAUUACGUUUUUAACCUACGUGACUUAUCGAGAAUUUGGCAGGGCAUGAUCGGCACACUAUCAACGGUGAUUGAGAAGGAGAGUCACCUUAUGCUCCUGUGGAGGCACGAGUGCAGCCGAGUCUUCAGUGAUCGCUUCACCAUUCAGGCGGACAAGGACUGGUUCGACCAGGAGGUCAACGACAUCGUCGUCGAAUACCUCGGUGAACAGUACACAGAAAUGAUGGGGAAGAACCCAGCAUUCGUGGAUUUUAUGAGAGACGCCCCAGAGCCAACCGGUGAAGAGGGUGAGGACGCCGACAUGGAGCUGCCAAAGGUCUACGAGCCAGUGUUCGAUGACCAGACACUUCGGGAUAGACUCGAAAUGUUCCUCGCUCAGUUUAACGAAAUGCAGAGGGGCGCUGGCAUGGACUUGGUGUUUUUCCCAGAUGCAAUGCUGCACCUGGUGAAGGUCUCACGAGUCAUCAGACAUCCUCGCGGGAAUGUGAUGCUUGUAGGUGUUGGUGGCUCUGGAAAACAGAGUCUCACCAAGCUAUCGUCGUUUAUCGCUGGAUACAAAACAUUCCAGAUUACCCUCACACGAUCCUACAAUGUAACUAAUUUCCUCGAGGAUUUGAAGUUUCUCUAUCGAUCUUGCGGAGGACAAGGGAAGGGCACAACCUUCAUAUUCACGGAUUUGGAUAUCAAGGAGGAGGGCUUCCUGGAGUACUUGAACAACAUUCUGAGCUCUGGGGUCAUCAGCAAUCUGUUUACCAGAGACGAACAGACGGAGAUUAUUCAGGAAUUAACACCGAUCAUGAAACGAGAGAAUCCAAAAAGAACUCUGAAUAACGAACUCGUCAUGGAAUACUUCCUCCAAAGGACCUGUCAAAAUCUUCACGUUGUCUUCUGCUUCUCACCGGUUGGUGAAAAAUUCCGUAAUCGGGCGCAGAGGUUUCCGGCACUGAUUUCCGGCUGCACUAUCGAUUGGUUUCAACCUUGGCCACGUGAUGCUCUGGUACUCGUUGCAGACCACUUUCUUCAUGACUUCGAAAUCGCGUGCAGUCCAGAAGUGAAGAAACAACUUGUCACUGCUUUGGGUUCGAUUCAAGACGUCGUUUCAGAAACAUCUGCCGAGUACUUCCAGCGAUUCAGGAGAGCCACUCACGUCACGCCAAAAUCAUAUCUCAAUUUCAUAGGAGGAUACAAGAAUAUCUAUCGAGCUAAGCAACACGAGUUGGGAGAAGGUGCUCGAAGAAUGGACACUGGCCUAGCAAAACUCGAGGAAGCCUCGAUAUCUGUAGAACUCCUGAAACGAGAUCUUGCUGUGAUGGAGCAGGAAUUGGUUACAGCAUCGAAAAAAGCCGAAACAGUACUUCUAGAAGUGACUGAGAGAGCCACACAAGCAGAGUCAUUCAAGAACCAGGUGCAAAAGGUCAAGGAAAAGGCAGAAGCCCUGGUGGCCAACAUCGCCGAGGAGAAGGCGCUCGCAGAGCAGAAAUUGGAAGCUGCAAAGCCGGCUUUGGAGGAGGCAGAGGCUGCCCUGAACACAAUAAAACCAGCGCACAUUGCUACCGUUCGAAAGCUGGGGCGACCCCCGCACUUGAUCAUGAGGAUCAUGGACUGCGUCCUGAUUCUCUUCCAGAGGAAGAUCAGCCUGGUGAUUCCAGACCCAACUGCCAUGUGUCCAAAGCCCUCUUGGGCGGAGUCUCUGAAGAUGAUGGCGAGCACGACAUUCCUCCUCCAGCUCCAGAAUUACCCAAAAGACAUCAUUAACAACGAAAUGGUGGAGCUCUUGCAGCCGUACUUCAAAAUGGAGGACUACAACAUGGAAACGGCUCGACGAGUGUGCGGCGACGUAGCUGGAUUGCUCUCGUGGACGAAGGCCAUGGCCUUUUUCCACUCUGUUAAUAAGGAGGUCCUCCCACUGAAAGCUAAUCUCACCCUGCAGGAGGCUAGGCUGAAGGUAGCGAUGGAGGAUCUUGCAGACGCGGAGAGGGAACUCUCCGAGAGAGAAAUGGCGCUGCAGGGGGUGAAGGCCCAGUACGACGCAGCUGUCUCCGAGAAACAGCGUCUCACCGAUGCUGCUAAUGUCUGUCUGAGGAAGAUGACAGCUGCUACAGCGUUGAUCAACGGUCUCGGUGGCGAGAAGAUUCGAUGGACCGAGCAAAGUGGAGAAUUCAAAAUUCAGCUGGGGAAACUCGUUGGGGAUGUCCUCCUGGCCACUGGGUUUCUGUCAUACUGCGGACCCUACAAUCAGCAAUAUCGAUCACGUCUGGUCAACUGUUGGAUGAACAUCUUGACAACGCGGGCUAUUCCAUUCACCAAGGACUUGAAUAUCAUCAGCAUGCUGGUGGACACCUCCACGAUAUCCGAGUGGACGCUUCAGGGACUGCCUAAUGAUGAACUGUCCGUUCAGAAUGCCCUGAUUGUCACCAAGUCGUCGUCGUAUCCCUUGCUGGUGGAUCCUCAAACCCAGGGAAAGAUGUGGAUCAAGAACAAAGAGACGUCUAAUGAUCUGCAGAUCACGUCCCUGAAUCACAAGUACUUCAGGACUCACUUGGAGGAUAGUCUCUCCUUGGGAAGACCACUUCUCAUCGAAGACGUUAAUGAGGAGCUUGAUCCGGUCAUCGAUAACGUUCUCGAGAAGAACUUCAUAAAGUCAGGAUCCAUCGAAAAAGUCAUCGUCGGGGACAAGGAGUGCGAUGUGAUGCCCGGGUUCAUGCUCUACAUAACAACUAAGCUUCCAAAUCCAGCUUACAGUCCUGAGACAUCAGCCAAGACCUCGAUAAUCGAUUUUACAGUGACGAUGCAGGGCCUUGAGGAUCAACUCCUGGGGCGAGUGAUCUUGAUGGAGAAGUCCGAGCUCGAAGCCGAACGUGUGGCAUUAUUUGAGUCCGUCAUGACGAAUCAGAGAUCCAUGAAGGAUUUGGAGAGCACUUUGCUACACAGAUUGACCUCGUCGGAGGGAUCUCUUGUUGAUGAUGAGGCACUCAUCGGUGUUCUGAGAGAGACUAAAUCAACAGCUGAAUCCGUCAACGAAAAACUUCAGGUUGCUGCCCUCACGGAGAAAAAAAUCACAAUUGCUAGGGAGGAGUUCCGAGCUGUUGCUGCUCGCGGCUCGAUUCUGUACUUCCUCAUCGUUGAAAUGAGCAACGUCAACGUCAUGUACCAGAACUCGUUGAAACAGUUCCUCACGAUAUUCGAUAACUCGAUCACUAAAUCAACUAAGAGCAACAUCGCGUCCGAGAGAAUUGAGAUAAUUUUGGGUCAUUUGACGUAUGAAGUGUGGGGAUUCACUUUGAGAAGUCUCUACGAACGUCACAAGUCCCUGUUCACUCUCAUGCUGGCCAUGAAAAUAGACUGCUAUCGAGGGGCGAUUUCCCAUGCUGAGUUCAUGGCCUUUAUCAAGGGUGGAGCAUCUCUAGAUCUCAAUGCGGUGGCUCCCAAACCCUUUCGCUGGAUCCUGGAUAUCACCUGGUUGAAUCUCGUCGAAAUUAACAAACUGGAGGUUUUCUCUGAGAUACUGACGAAAAUUGAGUUUUCGGAGAGGGAAUGGCGACUGUGGUACGAGAAGGAAAGACCGGAAGAGGAGGAACUGCCCUGUGGCUAUCAGAAGAGUUUGGACGUCUUCAGGAAGCUCUUGCUGAUCAGAUCCUGGAGUCCGGACAGAACUCUGUCCCAAGCGAAGCGAUAUAUCGUGGAAUCACUUGGCAAGGAAUACGGCGAAGCCAAGAUUCUGGAUCUCGAUGCGACGUGGGCUGAAUCUGAACCGGAGACUCCGUUAAUCUGUAUUUUAUCGAUCGGAUCGGACCCGAGUCCGUCGAUCACAGCUCUGGCUAAACAGAAGACUCUGCCGUUGCGAGCAGUGUCCAUGGGACAGGGCCAGGAGGUCAUUGCGAGAAAAUUGAUUACUGACGCUAUGAGCACUGGGGGUUGGGUGCUCCUGCAGAAUACUCAUCUGUCCCUGCCGUUCUGCACUGAAGCCAUGGAGACUCUGGUGGAGGCUGACAAUAUUCAUGAGACCUUUCGGCUGUGGCUCACCACUGAGGUCCACGCGCAGUUUCCCAUCGGGUUGCUGCAGAUGGCUAUCAAAUUCACUAAUGAACCUCCGCAGGGGAUUCGAGCCAGUCUGAAGAGGACUUAUCAGGGGGUGACUCAGGAUAUACUUGAUUACAGCACCCAGUCGCAGUGGCCACCUCUGCUCUAUGCUGUCGCUUUUCUUCACACUGUCGUUCAGGAGAGGAGGAAAUUUGGACCUCUUGGGUGGAAUAUUCCGUAUGAGUUCAAUCAGGCGGAUUUCGCUGCCUCUGUUCAGUUCAUUCAGAAUCAUCUGGAUGACAUGGACCCCAAGAAGGGAGUCUCUUGGCCUACUGUUUGUUAUAUGCUGGGGGAGGUUCAAUAUGGGGGUCGAGUCACCGACGAUUUCGACAAACGUCUGUUAACAACAUUCACCCACGUCUGGUUCUGCGACGUUCUCCUAAGGCCUGGUUUCGAGUUCUACAAGGGGUACAAAGUCCCUCAGACUCGAAUAAUCCAGGGCUACAUGGAGUAUAUCAACAAUCUACCUGCUACUGACACACCGGAAGUCUUCGGCCUGCACUCGAACGCCGAUAUAACGUACCAAAUAAACACGGCGAAGGGUAUUCUGGACACGAUUUUGAAUGUCCAGCCGAAGGAGGGUGGCUCGCAGGGGGGAGAAACUAGAGAGAGUGUUGUGUACAGAUUGGCAGACGACAUGCUAAGCAAAUUACCGAAACAGUAUAAUCCCUUCGAUGUCAGGGAUGCGUUGCAACGAAUGGGGGCUUUAUUACCGAUGAAUAUAUUUUUACGGCAGGAAGUGGACAGAAUGAGACGAGUGAUAGCCGAAGUUCACUCAACCCUGACAGAUCUAAAAUUAGCAAUCGACGGUACCAUCGUGAUGUCCCAGGGCUUGAAAAAAUCUCUAGAUUCCAUGUAUGAUGCGCGAAUACCCGAGAAGUGGCAGAAAAUAUCCUGGGAAUCAGCAACUCUUGGCUUUUGGUACACCGAGCUUCUGGAGAGGGAUGCGCAGUUCAGGCACUGGUGCAAUCAUGGCAGGCCGAAUGUCUUUUGGAUGACUGGAUUCUUCAAUUGCCAGGGGUUCCUAACAGCCAUGAGGCAGGAAGUCACGAGGGCGCACAAGGGAUGGGCACUGGACUCUGUGGUACUUCAGAAUCUUAUCACUCGGUAUAAUAAGGAAGAUAUAAGGGAACAGGUGCAGGAAGGCGUUUACGUCCAUGGCCUCUUCCUCGAGGGGGCGUCCCUCGAUCGCAAAUCGGGGAAAUUGGUUGAGAGCAAGGCGAAGGUCCUGUAUGAACAAAUGCCGGUCAUCUAUAUUUACGCUAUCAACACGACUGCUGGAAAAGACCCGAAACUGUACGAGUGCCCCAUUUAUAGGAAGCCUCAGAGGACAGAUCUCAAAUAUGUGGGCUCGAUAGACUUCGAGACAGACCACAACCCUCGGCAUUGGACGCUUCGAGGUGUUGCUCUUUUAUGUGACAUCAAGUAAAAAGAUGAAGUUUCAUUUAGAAAAUCACGUAUGA